GAUAUGCUAAACUCAGCAACCAAGUUUUCGACAGUCACAACCAGUUACAAGUAUCCAUUUUCAUUCUUAUUAAUUAGCUAGCUAGUUCUCCAAGGGAAAAAAUGGCUGAAGCCAAAUCUGCUACUGUCACUGAUCAGAUCGACAUCAACUCAAUACAACCAGUGGCGCCGGCUGACCCUCACGUGGUCGGGAUCGGACAAUUUGUAGUGGAAAAAUUUCACCACGGCAAGCUGCUUUUCAUCGCCGUGAUUGGCGGGUUCACUUGGAAAUGUGAAGGAGGCAAGUACUACGCACUUAUCAUUCAAAAUCAGGAUUAUGAGGGCGCCACAUUUAUCCAUAAAGCACUCGUUGUUGAGGCCAAAGGUGAAACCAAACUCCUCUGGCACAGGAAUUAAUCAAGCACUACUAUUGAUCAGCUGAGGAUAAACGACUUUCUUUGGGUACUUAAAUUAUCUAGUGUCUAUAUAUGGUGUGGGUUUUCAGUUUGUGCAUGGAUGAUGUACUGCUACCAACAAAAUGCACCAUUCCGUCUAUUUUUUUAAUUUGUAUCCUUGUAAUAACCUGUAAAACGAACAAAAGUGUAGCAUUAAAUGAAUAAAAACAAUCGUCUGUUUUUGAGUUUUAUCUGUA